AUGCAUUGCGAUUCAUCUGAUGAGGAUGAUAAUAAAUUUGGGAUUGGGAAGAAGUUUUUCAUCUAAUUAUUGGAGAUGGAGAGAAAAGUAAAGCGCAUUGUUUAAUUCAGUUUAGCACUAAAAUAGAAUCUAUGUAAUAGAUUUUGGAGUUACUUAAUAUGUAUGCGAUGUGUGUAGAAUUCUUUGAUACGGUAGGUAACCCUGCUAAGUAUUAUUUUAUGGAAAAGAUCUCCAAUACUAUUGCUGAGAAGGAGGCCUUCGAAUUAAUGUUGAAGGAUGAGAUUAUAGCAAGAGAGAAAAGAGAGAAACAAAUGUAAAUCAAACCAAUCAUUAAAGAAGGAUAAGUGAAAUAUGAUCCUCUGAAACGACCUGAGAGACCUUCAAAAGCAAAGUAAGAGACUCCUGUUAAGUAGGAGGAACAACAAGUGUUGGAGAAUAACAGAGAGAACAAGAAAAUAUCUCACAAAAUGUUGAGGGAGGUUCGGUCUAAGAAAUUGACAAUGACAGAGAAGAUCUAUCAAUCUCAAAAUGAGCAGAAAGUUCCAGUUGAUUUAAUUAAGAAUUGGGAUUACGAAGUAGAAAAAAAUGGUAAGAUGUGAAUGUGACGUUAUAGAUAGUCUUAUUCGACAAUCUUUGUAAUAGUAGGGUGAUACGAUUUAAGACAGAGUGACUGACAGAUUGAAUAGGUUGCGUAAGUAAUUGCCAAGCAAUAUCACAAGUGACAUGUGUCUAGAAAAAUAUGAUACUUGA